AUGUUUGGUCUUAAACUUAACACUAUUCGUAAACAUAUUGAUAAUAUUUUUAGAAAAAAAACAUGUCAUUUUUCAAGAAUAAAACUUCAACUUGAACUAAAUUGCAAGUUCUCAGAACCUGGAUAUUAUCAUGGUCAAGGUUUUGCUAAACUUAGAAAAGGCAAACAAUUAGAAAUUGGUUAUUAUAAUUCUAAUACUAAAGAGGAUUUAAAAGAUGAAGAAGUUCAAACAAACCCUUAUGAGAUAGCAACUGAAGAAGUACUAAAAGGGGAAAACAUUGAUAAAGUAAUUACUAAAUAUAUAUCUUAUACUGGAACAGAAAAAAGUAAACUUUGCAAAGAUUUAUUUCUCAGAAUAUAUGAAAAAGAUGAUAUUAAACAAUUUGAAGAAUAUAAUAAUGAAGAAUUUAAUUAUAACUGCAACUCUAUAGAUACAAAUGGAAAAAGAGAUAUUAUAUGUAUUUUUGAAAAAGGAAAUAAGCAAGACUUUAAUAAUCAAAUAUUUGAUAUUGAAUUUAAUAAAAGAACAACUUUAGAACAGGCUAAAGAAGUUACUACAGAUUUAGGAGCUGAUAGAAUAAUAUUAUAUGAUCCUGCAACAGGAUUGUAUUAUUGGAGACAAAAUUGGACAAAUGAAAUAAAUAAAUAUUCUACUACUAAGAAUAUUAAUGAUAUUACUGAUCAAAUUAUGACUAAUAUUCCUAAAUCAAAGCCUGGAGAAUGA